AUGGAUCAGAAAGGAAGAUCAGCAAAAAAAGCUCAACAAGCUUUGGGAAACAAAGAACCCGAAGAGCUGGUUAAAGCUCCUCAUACUUUUGUAAUAUAUCGAGGACGAUUAGGGAAAAAUGCUGGGGAAUUAAUGAGAGACUUUAAGAAAGUGAUGGAACCUUUUACAGCAUCUGAUUUGAAGGUCAUGAAAAGAAAUAGUGUUAAAGAUUUUGUAAGUGUGGCUGCAAUGAUGAAUGUCACCCACCUGGUUAUCUUCACCAAAACUAAGAUAAGCAUGUACAUGAAGAUUGCAAGGCUUCCCAGAGGGCCCACUCUUACUUUUAGAAUCCAAAACUACUCUCUUGCCAGAGAUGUCCUAUCAUCACUGAGGAGACAAGUCACCUAUGCCAAGCAAUUUGAGCACCAUCCUCUGUUGGUUCUAAACAAUUUCACAGGAGAAGGAAUGCAACUAAAACUAAUGGCUUCCAUGUUUCAAAAUAUGUAUCCUUCCAUUAAUGUAAACAAGGUAAUGUUUUCAGUAAAUUCUGGGUUAUGCUUCUUUGUGAUUACAGUUUGUUGUUGUCAUCUAAAACCUACUGUAUAG